CAAGAUAGCCAUUAAAAUUAAAUGAAAUAUUGAUAUUGUUGUUAUUAUAUUACUCUUGUUGCUAAUUUAAACACUGUAUUAAAAUUUGGAUUAUACUUGUGUAAUCUCCCACACAACACUAACAAACAAGAAUAAUUUCUGAGCUUAACUGUUUAUUUUUUGUUUAUAUGUAUUUAUAGGGUAUAUUUAUACUAAUACAUUACAUUUACAUGUUUAUACUUGUGUCCAAACAUUAUCAUUACCUUAAUGUUCUAUAGUUUUCAGCAUAAUAACGUAAAUAUAUAUGUUUUUUUUUUAAUACAUAUGUAUUUUUCUGUGUUAUGUAUACAUGAGCUAACAAGAUGGAGUGGAUUUCCGAAGAGAAAGAAAAUGAUAAAAAUGUACCCUAAGGCUGUUAAAAAUAUAGGAGCACUCUUGUGAAAAGUUUUAGGAGGAAAUUAGAAAUUACUCAUGUUGUGUAAGAAUGUAAAUGUCUCUCUUUGAAGGAAAAACAAACCCAUUUAACAACCUCAAGAAAUACUCAAAACGAAAAUUUUAUAUACAGAUGUAUUUUUUAAAUUACAGCAUUCUAGCUACAUGUAAAGCUAUUAAAUUAACAUAUCAUCUCACUUUCACUCACUAACAGUUGGUCUCGCCUUUGGAAACUGGCUGUUUCCUGUGUGAGCCGGUUACAGCAGAAGGCAGCUGGAAAUAUAAUAACAUUUCGACUUGUACGUUUGAUAACAGGAGAAACAAAACAGCUAGUUUUGACCAUGAGGUGACGCCGCCUGAGGAAUCCCUGUUUGUAGUUGCGGGGAGGAAACUCACCAUAUAUGGGGAGUGACGUCAGCCCCACGUGGCUUGAGUUCGUGAGAGAUUCCAGACAACACUAUUUCCCGUAAAGCGCGGAGGGGCGUGGCAAACCAAUUCUCCGGCUUUAAGGGUUUACAACUUGACAAUUACUCCCAGACUUCCGAUUCUACAUAGAUGACUAGGAGGCGGGAGGUGCGGCUUGGACAACUUUCGGACGUUUUAGCUCGAUUUAAACAAAAGUCAAACACUUUUUCCCUUCCUUGCUCCCCUUCGGGUCGAUCUCGUUUGGACUCUACCGACUUACGGCAAUACAGUGGGCUUGCCCCCAGAGUUUGAAUUAACCUACAAGACUCAUCCCGAAAGCUACGAUCUAAAGGUUAUAUAUACACACAACGGGGAUUGGGUUAGGUUGCCGUUUCACAGAAAGCCGGAGAGGAUGUAUCGAAACUUCGAGAGUCAAGGGAGAGGCAACCCGGUGUACGGAGGCAACCUGUCCGGGUCAAACUCCGCAUCACUGGGAAGCACCAGCACUUCCACCACACAGCAGGAGCAGAAAUUUACAAUGGCAGGCAGCAGCCACUUUGUCCCAAGCCUGAAUGCCAUCACGACAAACCAGGACCUCCAGUGGCUGGUCCAGCCCUCGCUCAUGCAUCCUCCAGGACCUUCGCGCUCACCAGUACCGCCCUACCCAUCCAUCGUGGGGACCCGGCCAAUGGGUCCGCCGCUUUCCCAGUCCCAUCUCAUCAGACCCGGGGUCAUAAGGGCAGCUGCUAAUACCCCACCGGCCACAAGGCGCAGGAAUGAUGAGCAGUUGUCACUUGAAGAACUGGAAAGACGCAGGAUCAGAAGGGAAAGGAAUAAAAUGGCAGCAGCAAAAUGUCGCAAUCGCCGCCGUGAGCUGACUGACUCAUUACAAAAUGAAACCGAUCAGCUGGAGGACGAGAAGUCACGUCUGCAGAAAGAAAUAGCUGAACUGCAGAAGGAGAAGGAGAAGCUCGAGUUGGUCCUGGAAGCCCACCGUCCCAUCUGCAAAAUAGACGACUCUGACUCCGAUUCUGAUGACACGCCUUCACUUUCCUCUUUGGGAGCCAUCAAACUGGAACCAGAGGAAUCCAUCAUUCCGCGACCCUUCACAAAAAAGGCAGAGAAGCCCAAACCGAAGAUAAUAAUCCCGGCCAAACCGGUGGCAUCCACCGCCUCGGUCGUCGCCUCCGAGUCCGAGUCGCUCCACACCCCGGUCCUCAUAUCGACGCCGUCCCUGCUGUCCUUCUCCGCCGGCAUGGUUUUCACGUAUCCGUCCUCCACGUCAGAAGCAGCAGCGCCCGCCGUGUCCCAUCAGGCCUUGCACCCUCAGGCCCAGCAGCCCUGCGGAGUCGCCCAUCGGCGCAGCAGCAGCAGUGGCGACCAGUCGGAUCACUCCCUGCACUCGCCGACCAUUCUCACCCUGUGAUCGCCCGACGAAACACUACAACUGGUUCCGGUUCCAGCCCAAACGCAGGAUCUCUGCGAAACGCUGAUGGAAACAAGGACGAUGACUGUUUUAGGCAUUUCAAGACGAUCAGCUGCUUCGUUAUUUAAUCUCUGAUCUCAGCUGACUCUCAAGGCCUCGUGCACACGUAGCCGGGUUUUUAUAAAACAAAUAUCUCCCCUACAUCGAUUUUAAAACACAAAUAUCGCACACAAGAGAUCAGUUUCAGAAAAGUUUCAAUCACAUGAACCCAAACACACAUACAACAGUACGACGGAGUAUUAGGGCCAUGCUAAGAAAAUAAGAGAAUUAAAUUUUGAGAAUAAUCACAUAUUACGAGAAUAAAGUCAUAAUAUUAUGAUUUUAUUCUUGUAAUUUUAUUUUUUCUUAGUAUGGCCACAUAUGUACGACAGAAUAUUAGAGCAAGGCUAAGAAAAAUGUAAUAAAAUUUUACGAAAAAAAUUAUAAAAUUAUGAAAAUAAAGUCAGAAUAUUACAAGAAUAAAGUCAUACAAGAAUAAAUUAGUGUUACAAAAAUAUGAAAAUAAGGUAAAAUGAGGCGCUGAGCAACUUGUAAAGUUAUACUUUGCAAUUUGUUUUACAGAUGAGGAAAUACUUAAGUUAUUAACUCAGCAGCAUCAAUAGCAGGACUCUCUAUGAUAAGAUUGUAUUCUUGUAAUAAAAUCUUUAUUCUCGUAAUUUAAACGUUUUUAACUUUUUAGCCUGGCUCUAAUACUCCCCUGUACAAAUACACUCAUAUGCUUGUUUUAAACAUGCCAAACCCACAGGGGGCAGUGUAGUGCAAAGCUAAAGUCCAUGUCAGCUAAUCAGGUUGCUUCAAAACAACCAGACUUCCUGUUAGGAUUUAAACAUGGUGCCAAGAGGUUCAUUUGUGUGGGUAUGUGUUUAACUACUUUGAAACAGCUUAUAUUUAUUUUAUAUAAAUAUAAAUAAUAAAAUACAGGGAAAUGUUGAUUGGGAAUCAUGUCAAAGCAGGUUUGUGGAUAUAUUGCUGCAUUAUUUCCUCAAAUCUCCACUCUGGUUGGAUGAAAGGCCAAAAUGUCUAAAAAUGACUGGACCUUGGAUGGCAUGAAAAUCUGUGGCAUUAUCAAAAUUUGAAUGUUACACUCUUUGUUUUUUUUUUGUUUAGCAUAAAGUUGAUAUAUUUUUUUACUUUUUUAAGCUAUAAGAUGAAAUGAAUGUUUUUUUUAUUGGGGAAAAACUGCAUGCACUAUAUAAAUAUAAAAAAUAUAUACUCUAACAGAAAAAAACUCAGGCUCUCUUAAAGUAUAACAUGAGAACUGAGUUAAUGCAAGAAUAAUAACUAUAUUUUUAUCUUUUUUUAUUUUGUGGAAGUUGUUAACGGCCGAUGGUGUGCUCAUAACUACCAGCCUUACUGUGUGUGUCGAUCCUUUUAGACUACAGAUAUUUAUACAGUUUAUUGACAACUAAGGCUGGACCGUAGGAGUUGAUAUAGAUUAUAUAAUCGUCUAUUUAUUAGAGUUUUUAGAGUGUAAUAUAUUUUUGGUAAUGUUUAGAUUUUCUGUUUUGGUGGGCAGUGCCUUAUUGUUAUUUUUAACUUCAGACUUGUACGAAGUCACAGAGAAUAAAGAAAAGUCUGCAUGAAAAAUUGUGUGAAUUUGUUUAGUUUGAUUAUAGUGCAGAUAUUAAUAACUUAUAGUGAUAUGGAUGCAAAGUUUCAUCAAAAUAGUUUGUGAUAUUUACUGUGAUAAUCUUUUUGUUUUUUAAUUACGCAAAAUUCAACACACUUACAGUCUUCAGUCAGAGGCCUCAUCAGAUUAGCUGCAGCACUGACUGCUAUAGGAGAUCCUUCCUACCCAAAGCAUCACCAUCUACAAACAGCUCUUUAAAGAUACGAUGAGUUUACGAUAACAUUUAACGUCCACUUGGAAUGAUGUGAAAAAAGUUUCCGUUGCAGUUUUGCGAAAUAAAAUGAUUUCUAUACAGCUAAAAAAACCACAUCAUUCUAGAGCCAAAUCUUUAUAUCAAAAAAUGAGUUUUGUCCAAAUUUUAAGUGAAUUUAUUUUCAAAAUGUGGAAUUAUGCAGCAUAUUUUAGCACAAGAGUUUGUGAUACUUCCCAGCUCCAGUGAGUAUAAAAAAAUUUUAAUUUAGUAAAAUGAGCGGCAAUGUGUCAGUUUACUAAGUUUAAUUCUAAAAAUCAAGAAUGAUCAUUUGAUGCAAGUCAACUGCAGCUACUUGCAUGCAAUGUAAACAAUAUUUAUCAGUUUGGCAGCUGAUUUUUUUAUUUACAUUUGCUUUAUUUGCUGUAUUUUAACUUCACAUAGUUUGGAUCUUAAUAAGACAAAAUGCACUGAUAGUGGAAAUACUGUCCAGAAUAGUGGCAGACAAUUUAGCUAAUGAGACCGACCAAUUCUGGAAUUGAUUAGGUAAAUGCAUUUAGACUUGCUGAUGGCCGUUUCCUGACCCCAAACUCUCAUUUAUCAAAAACUGAAGCCAGAGUUUUGCUAAUUCAUCAACAUCUCUGAUCAGAGCUGCAAAAUGAGAUUAGGGAGGCAGUCAGACCAAGAGCUCCAGAGUGGAAGGAGAAAAUAAAUAUAAAAAUCUGUAGAAUGACUGGGCACAAACACUGCGGAUCGCUAAGAAGGCACAAGCAUUAACAGCCCUCUUGAGCCAAACUGAGAUCCAAAAAUAAAACCGAUGAACAUUCAUGAACUGUUCCUGCAUGACAAACAGGGCGCAUCAAUCAAGUGAGGAGCAGAAAUCAAUCACCUAAGCUAUAAGAUGAAAUAUAGCAUCUUAUAUUCAUGAAUAUAAGAUGAAUGAAUGAAUAUUCUGUGUCGUGAACAUGUAAAUACUAGUUCAAACUCAGAAGAAAAGGUCAGAACAGCAGAGGGAGUCAAUACCGACUGUAUUUAAAGCUCUUCAGUGCACUACAAGCAUAGCCCACCAAUAAACAACUGACGACAAAAUAAAUCUUCUCUAAUCCAUGUGCAUCUAUCUACGGUUUAAACCCAAAAACAGUUAAUAAUUCUAUAAUUAACACAGAUAAACCGAGAUAACGAAGAGUCAAAGUUAGUCACCCUGAAGGGUGCAGGUUAAAUGCAAAGAAAGAAAAGAGGAAUUGGAAUAAAAAUCAUUAAAGUUUGUAGACCUUCCAGUUUGAUACAAAGAGAUUCCAGCUGGGUUUUUAAAACAGGAUAAAGUAACUAUUAGUUCUGCUCUGAGUGAACUUUACCUUAACCUCUACCAUGAACCAAAACUUAAACUAUGCCAGAAAUUGGCAAAUUUUCCCAACUGCACUACAACCUGGAGUAAAAACAGUAACAACCAUCAUGCACAUAUGGCACUCCAAUCCUGCCCUGAGGAAGAGAGAGUGCAUAAAAUAUUACACAACUGGGCAUCUAUGUAGCAAAGGCCGAUAUCAAAUCACCAGUGGACUAAAUAUGGCUCAAAACUGGAUUAAAAUCUAUCAUUAGAUCUGUGAUUUAAUGAUCUAAGACGAGGCUCUCCAGUGCAUUAGAAAAGAAGGCUUCUACCAGUGUAGGCUAGUCCAGUGCAUGAGAUAAAUUUAUAUUCGUGACCCAGUUAUUGGUCCCAUUUUUUUUUUUUUUUUU